UACCCUUCCUUCUUCUUCUCAUAGACCAGCAACGCACAAGAAAAUCAAGAUCCAGCAGAUAGCUAAGACAAGCAAACCAUCCAUGGGGUUGGGGAUGAAGCGCGCCAGGGAGGAGCAGCCGGUGUCGUUGGCACUGUCCCUUACCACGGACUCGACAUCUUCCACGACGUCGGCGGAUUCGUCCGGCGCGACGCCCAUGACGGCCAGGAAGAGGCCGCGGAGGGGGAGGAUGAUCGCAACUUCAGGCGAGGGUGAGUUCGUGUGCAAGACGUGCGGCCGAGCCUUCGCGACAUUCCAGGCGCUCGGCGGGCACCGGACCAGCCACCUCCGCGGCCGCCACGGGCUUGAGCUCGGCGUCGGCGUCGCAAAAGCCAUUAAAGAUCGGAAGCGGGGCGAGGAGAAGCAGCCGCACGAGUGCCAAAUCUGCGGGCUCGGCUUUGAGAUGGGCCAGGCACUGGGCGGCCACAUGAGGCGGCACCGCGAGGAAAUGGCGCUCUCCGGUGGCGGCGACGGUCGGUGGCUCAUCGCGCAGCUGGAUCAGGAGGUGGUGCGGCACGGUGCCGACAGGCCGCCAGUUUUACUCGAGCUAUUCGUCUAGCUAGCACUAGCUGGAUCUUCUGACCGUUUCUUUAGUUGAGGACCUGUAAAUGAUUUUAGAAUGAGAUAUGUUUAUUGUUCGAUCUAGCCGAUUAGCGUUUCAGUUCGGUAAUCGGUGUCAGUUUUUGAAUCAUCUGGGGAUUCAUUCAUCUCAUGUACGGAGUAUAUAACACUAGCAGAAAAUUAUUUUGUUCAA